CAGUGGGUUAGAUUGGUCGUGAUAUACGUCUGCUCAUCGGGGCACUCCAACGGAAUAACCAAGGUCAUCUCCAGACUAUAUAUCACCCACAGCAUCGCACCUAAACACACCCUACCUCAUCCUCAACUCCCCGUACUUCAUCAUGGCUAUCCAGAGACUCAUAUCUGGAACGGAGGUCUCCAAGCAUAACACCCGCGAGAGCUGCUGGAUCAUCGUACAUGGAAGGGUGUACGAUGUUACCGAUUUCCUCCCUGAACACCCAGGAGGGAUGAAGAUCAUUCUCAAGUACGCAGGGAAGGAUGCUACCGAAGAGUAUGACCCUAUCCAUCCUCCCGACGCUAUCACCACCAAUUUGCCCCCGGAGAAACAUCUAGGAGUCAUCGACCCCAACACCGUUACUCAGGUUGUGAGGGAAGUGACAACAGAGGAGAUUGCACGACAGGAACGACAUGAACGUAAACCGCCGUUGGAUGAGAUCCUCAACUUGCAUGAUUUCGAGGCCAUCGCCCGUGCUGUUAUGCCCGAAAAGGGGUGGGCCUACUACUCCUCCGCAGCGGACGACGAGAUCACCCACCGAGAGAACCAUCUCGCCUACCAUCGUGUCUGGUUCCGUCCCCGCAUCCUGCGCGAUGUCCACCAAGUGGACUGGAGCACGACCAUCCUAGGGCAGAAGAGCGCGAUGCCGGUGUACAUCAGCGCUACUGCGCUGGGAAAGCUCGGUCACCCCGAAGGAGAACUCAACCUUACCCGCGCCGCUGGGAAAUAUGGGAUCAUCCAGAUGAUCCCUACGCUCGCGAGCUGCAGCUUUGACGAGCUAGUGGAUGCUACUGUACCUGGCCAGUCCCAGUUCCUUCAACUGUACGUGAGCAAGGAUCGCGCGAUCACGAAGCGGUUUGUGCAGCACGCAGAGAAGCGCGGGAUCAAAGGUCUGUUCAUUACUGUCGACGCGCCCCAGCUUGGCAGGAGGGAGAAAGACAUGCGCAUGAAGUUUGAGGAUACUGGCAGCGCGGUCCAGCAGGAAACGGGGGAGAAGGUGAACAAGAGUGAGGGCGCGGCGAGGGCAAUCUCGAGCUUCAUCGAUCCUAGUCUGGCUUGGAAGGACAUUCCCUGGUUCAGGAGUAUCACCAAGAUGCCCAUCAUACUCAAAGGUGUCCAAUGCUGGGAAGACGCCGUCCUCGCUGCAGAAGCCGGGCUACAAGGUGUCGUCCUCUCCAACCACGGCGGUAGACAAUUGGACUUUGCCCGAUCGGGAAUCGAGAUCCUGGUGGAGGUCGUCGCCGCACUCCGGGAAAGGAACCUCUUCCCCAACCCGAAUUUCCAGAUCUUCGUCGACGGAGGCGUGCGUCGUGCCACGGACGUGCUCAAGGCCGUAGCUCUGGGCGCCACAGCCGUCGGCAUUGGCAGGCCGUUCAUCUACGCGUACUCUGCUUAUGGACAGGCCGGAGUCGAGCGCGCGCUCACUAUCCUCAACGAGGAGUUCGAGAUGAACAUGCGCCUCAUCGGUGCGCCAACGCUGAAGGAUGUUGUGCCCGCUAUGGUGGACGCGAGCAACAUCACCAUGCACGUAUCCAACGUCCCGGAUGAUAGGCUGUAUCACGCGAAUUACGAAUCCAUGCAACGUAGCGAACUGCGCACUGUCAUGUCUAAGCUCUAGGACCUGCACCUCGUUCUGCACAUCUGCACCGUCUGCCUUGGGUGUCGACUGUGUUAAGGCGCCGAUUAGGCGCAAGGUGUAGCUGUAAUACGAUUCUUGUAGAGCUUACGUGCCUGCAUGCUUUUUGGUCCGAGAACGACUGAACGAUCUGAUGGUUAAGAGUAUCCCGCAUCAUGAGCUUCCCCAACAAAUAUUUAAUAUGUUACGAGAAUGCACUU